AUGGCUCCGUUACAGGUAGGAUUGAAAGAGAGAAUUGAGCAGGGAGAGAAGCUGGGGGAAAUGAAGGAUAUUGCUGAGAAAGACGGGCUACUCUUCUAUAAGAACCGACUCUACAUUCCGGCAGAUGACCGUAUCAAGAUCCGAAUCGCGCAGGCAGAACACGACUCAAAGGUGGCAGGACACUUUGGACAAGACAAAACUUUGGAACUUAUUACGCGCAACUUCUAUUGGCCAAAAAUGAACGAGUGGAUUGAUGAUUACGUUCGGUCAUGUGAUGAGUGCCAGCGCAACAAACCCAGCCGCCACAAGAAAUACGGUGCGCUUCUACCACUGUCCACGCCACAUUCUGUCUGGCAAUCGAUAUCGAUGGACUUCAUCGUGCAGUUACCGGAAUCAAAGGGAUACAAUCAAAUUUGGGUAGUAGUCGAUAGGUUCUCGAAGAUGUCGCAUUUUAUCCCCCUAGUAGCAGAAACGACCGCGCAGGAUCUAGCGAAGAUAUUCCUCGGUCAAAUCUGGCGACUCCAUGGGCUGCCUCUUGAUAUAGUUUCCGACAGGGACGCCAAGUUUACUUCAAGCUUUUGGGCAUCCCUUAUGGAAUUAUUGGACGUGAGGAUAAGAAUGAGUACGGCUUUCCACCCUCAGACCGAUGGGCAAACAGAGCGAGUCAACCAAACCCUCGAGCAUUAUCUACGAGCAUUCUGCAACUACGAGCAAGAUGAUUGGGCAGAGCUACUCCCAUUGGCGGAGUAUGCUUACAACAACUCGGUUACCACCGCCACGGGUCAAUCUCCGUUCUAUACCAAUUACGGUUACAACCCAAGAACCAACUGGCCGACAGAAGCCGAAGUGGUCAACCCAACCAGUGACCUGUACGCUCACUUCAUUCGAGGAGUUCAUGAUUCUGCUCUCGCUCGCUUAACAGACACCAGGGAGAAGAUGGGGAAAUACUAUGAUCGGAAAAGGGAUGAACCGCCUAACUUCAAGAUGGGAGACAUGGUUAUGCUCAACGCGACCAACAUCAAGACACGACGUUCUACCAAGAAACUCGAUCAUAAGAAACUCGGCCCAUUUAAAAUUGUCCGACUAGCCGGUAAACGAGCCUGCGAAUUGGAACUGCCACCGCAAGUCAAAAUCCACAACGUUUUCCAUAUUGAACUCUUGGAACGUUACAGACAGAGCAGUAUCCCAGGCCGUGAACAACGUCCCCCAACUCCCGAAAACGUCGAUAAGGAAGGAGAAGUCCUGUAUGAAGUGGAAAGUAUUGUGGGAAGCCGGAAAAGUAGGAGAGGAUUAGUGGAAUACCUGGUGAAAUGGCGGGGCUAUUCGAUGAGCGACUGCACGUAUCAAGUCAUAGACACUAUGAAUGAGGAUGUGAGGGAUGCGUACCAGACCACAAGAGUACACUACGCAGAGCUCAGAGUUCGGCUAACAGCUACAAAGGUAGAAGUCUCCAAGGUCUCUUCAGUCAACGUCGAGUAUGAUUCCCCUUGA